AUGGAGCUUAAAAUCACGGUGGCUUCUCAGGAACUCGUCAAGCCCUCUUCUCUAAGCCUUAAUGAUCUUCCUUGCCAUCAUCUCUCUUUCCUUGAUCAGCUUGCUCCUCCCAUUUUCAUGCCUUUUCUUUUCUUUUACCACAACAAGACCAAUCUCUCUGACAGAGAACGAAGUGAUCAGAUCAAGAGUUCUUUGUCUAGUAUAUUGAAUCUCUACUAUCCCUUGUCAGGACGCAUCAAGAAGAACUCCGGUGGUUUUGUUGUGUUCAAUGAUGUGGUGGGUGUGUCUUUCGCUGAAGCCAGAGCCGACUGCAACAUGUCACAGAUUCUUGAAAACCCUAAUCCCAAUGAACUCAACAAGUUUCUCCCAUUCGAGUUUGACGAAGUGAGUGACGUGCCUCUGAAGAUUCAGCUUACUUUCUUUAACUGCGGCGGCUUAGCGCUCGGUGUAGGACUCUGCCAUAAACUCUGCGAUGCUCUGUCAGGUCUCAUCUUCAUCAGAAGCUGGGCAGCUUUGGCUCGCAGAGACACUGAUGAAAUCGUUACUCCUUCUUUCGAUCUCGCCAAGAUGUUUCCUCCAUGUGACAUAGAAGAUUUAAACAUGGCUACAGGUAUAACGAAGGAGAACAUAGUCACCAAACGCUUCGUGUUUUUGAAAUCCUCUGUGGAGUCUUUAAGAGAGAGAUUCAGCGUAAACAAGGAGAUUCGCGCGACACGUGUUGAGGCCUUAUCAGUAUUCAUAUGGAGCCGUUUCAUGGCUUCAACAAAAGAAGAUAAUAAAACCAGGAAGAUCUAUACACUGAUUCAUCCGGUGAACUUGCGUAGACAAUCUGAUCUGUUUAUACCAGAAAACAUGUUUGGGAACAUCAUGAGAUUCUCUGUCACUGUCCCUAAGAUGGUAAUCAAUGAAGAUGAUGAAGCAAAGCAUUCUCUUGUGGAGCAGGUGAGAGAGGAGAUAAGAAAGAUAGAUGCCGUGUACGUGAAGAAGAUUCAAGAAGAUAGCAGAGGACACCUCGAGUUUCUUAACAAACAAGCUUCAGGUUUCGUCAAAGGGGAGAUUGUGUCGUUCAGCUUUACGAGCCUCUGCAACUUUCCGGUGUAUGAAGCAGAUUUUGGAUGGGGGAAGCCUUCGUGGGUUGCUUCUGCAAGGAUGAGUUACAAAAAUCUGGUAGCUUUCAUGGAUACUAAAGAACGUGAUGGCAUAGAAGCUUGGAUCAACCUUGAUCAGAAUGAUAUGUCUAGAUUUGAAACCGAUGAGGAAUUGCUUCGCUAUGUCUCUUCAAGCCCAAGUGUGAAUGCCUCUUCAUCUUGA